CUUCCAGAGACAAACCUUACCAUAGAUACUACUCCAUCUUUCUGCGACUAUAUAAUAACAUACAGUUUACAAGCUCUUAGCUAUGCCUCGUCGAUCGUCUCGGCCCGUUCCCGCGGCAGCCGCAGCUCCAGAAGCCGCGCCAAAAAGGCGCGUGUCCGCCAGACUCUCCGAAGCCUCCAGAACGGAGCCUAAGAGACAAAAGUACGAGAACACUCCUGCUAAGAAGCCGAUUAAAUCCACCACGAAAAAGAGCAAAUAUUUUCAGGAGCCCUCUGAAGAGCCGGAGCUCGACUCCGUAGAGGUAUCUGCCCCGAAAAUCGCCGACUACGAGGACACCGAUACAAGCAUCCCCACAUCUUCCGACUCGGGCUCAGAUUUCGCAGAAGAAGCGUUGCCCUCAUCUCCAAGCGCCGAGGAGCCUGAGUCAGAAGAAGAUGAGUAUAGCCCUGGGCCGAAGCGACGUCAGAGCCGCGGUAAGAAAGCUAGUGCUGCUGGUUCAAAAAGUCAUGAGACGAAUCGUUCAGGAGACGCAACUCUGUCGUUGACCGACAAGGAGCUAUGGAGGGAGGGCGUGAAAACUGGUCUAGGGCCGGGGAAAGAGGUGUUCAUCAAGAAGCCCAAGGCCAGAGACCCAGGAGCAGUAGCUUACGAGGAUAAUGUCCUGCAUCCCAACACGAUGCUCUUCCUUCAAGACUUGGCCGAGAACAACGACAGGCAAUGGCUGAAAGCACAUGAUGCGGACUACCGCAUGGCCAAAAAGGAUUGGGAGACGUUCGUUGAGACUCUCACAGAGCAAAUUAUAGAUCAAGACGGCACGAUACCCGAAUUGCCUGUUAAGGAUCUCGUUUUUCGUAUACACAGAGACAUCAGGUUCAGCAAAAAUCCCACUCCGUAUAAGACGCACUUUUCAGCAGCUUGGUCCCGCACCGGCAAGAAGGGCCCUUACGCUGCGUACUACGUCCACUGCCAACCAGGGGCAUGUUUCGUCGGUUCGGGGCUUUGGAUGCCGGAGGCCGAUAGGCUGGCCCGUCUCCGAGAGGAUAUUGAUCACAAUUCUCAUCGUCUCAAGAGAGUGCUGAGAGCGCCCAAAAUGCGUCAAGAGAUAUUCAAUGGCAUAUCUGACGAUGAUGAGAAAGCUGUAGAAGCUUUUGUCAGCCACAAUAAGGAGAGUGCACUCAAGACCAAGCCCAAGAAUUUUUUGCACCGUCUCUUUUGUUUCCAUGGUUCAGCAUAUGCCGCCGGCUACGAUGCCGACAAUGAGAAUAUUCAGUUACUCCGUCUGCGCAGUUUCACCAUCGGUAGGCCUCUCUCGGACGAGGAGAUGCUAAGUCCGAAAGCCCAGGAGAGGAUUGCAGCGCUGGUCGAAAUCAUGGAGCCUUUCGUCACGUAUCUCAAUAGCGUCGUUAUGCCUGAUGCGAUGCAGGAAGAUGUCGAUACCGGUUCGGAGGGUUCAGAGGACGAUUAAAGCCACGCUGUUCAGGUGCCUAUACCUCACCGAACAUGACUCGGACCCUUAUCUCUCAGUGUAUAGGUCUGUGAUUUCAUGUCCUUCUAGUAUAUCGGGUUCCCAUUGUAUGGGCCCCAUCAUCCCGCGUGCCUUGGCCAUUCUUUGGGCCUGGUCGACCGAAUUCUGUUUGAUGUUUUUUGUCCCAAAAAUGUCGGCGCCUCCUGCAUGUUGUAAUCUCUCCUGGUGGACAUUGAUCACGCCCUGUAUGUUUGCCACAAGGGUUUGGGGCUUGUCGAGCGUUAGCAUGCCAUGACUCUACCUUCUCUUUGGUUGACUCGUCUGUAAAUUUCAUACAAAC